CCCCCUUUUCAGCUAUUCACCGUCAUGCAAGAUCCCUGAGUUCAGUUUCAGAAGCCCCGCACACGUCAUAGCCUGUAGCGUUUCAACUACCCUAACUUAGCAGUCAGUCUAUAAUGAGCCCAUUACCUGCGAGCUUACAAUUAGAUUUCCUCGCCUUCUUCCACUCAUGUCAAGUUAACCAGACACCAAUACGGCAAAGUACAAAACGUCAGACUACCUUUCAAUAAACCCAAACCAUGUCCGGCUACGGCAAUGACAACGAUGGCGAGCGCAGUGGAGAGAGACAGCCGGACUUUGGCGGCAACAUGACACAGGGUGGCGCCUACCCCGCAGGCGGCUAUGGCACAGACGAUGAUAUGCAAGGAGCCGCUGAGCAUGCCACCCGCUCCGCUGGUGGCUCUGGCGACAGCAGCUUCUUCUCGACUAUGAUUGGUGCACUGGGGCAGAAGAAGCAGAACUUGUCGAGCGAAGACGUUGAUGAGGAGGAUGCCGUCAAGCAGCACAAGAAGUACUUCAGCGGCGAGGAUGAUGGCCACGAGGCCGAUGACAAGUCCAUGGGAUCGGCAGCCGCUAUGCAGGCGUUGAAGAUGUUCACUGGUGGAGGCAGUGGGAACUCUCAGGAGGGCAACAGUCAGAGUGCAUUCAUCGGCUUGGCCAUGGGUGAAGCUAGCAAGCUCUUCGACGCGAAGGCCUCUGAGGGCAAGGUCUCGAGCGAAUCAAGCAAGGAGUCUGCCGUUUUGCAGGCGGGAGAGAUGGCACUCAAAAUGUACAUGAAGAGCAAGGGUGGAAGCUCGUCAUCUUCGUCUGGCCUUCUCAGCUUGGCGUCUAAGUUCAUGUAGACGAGGACUUGAGGCCGGACAUAGACAUUUGGGACAAAACUUCCAAAGUGGGCCGAACAGCAACCGGGUUUGAAUGAGGAACAAAGGCGAGAGAGUCUUGGACAAGACAAAUCUAAGGGCUCGGUGGUUAGUAUUAAUCCAUUGUGCUAGAGAAGGUUCAUUUAUGACCCUUGGUUCAUCUUGGUUUUGUCUUCAUAAAAUAUCGACCUGAAAACUCCACUGAAAUUGAUGCAUUCUACAAAAAGUCAAGAAGUUUGCCGCCGCUGAAAUAAUAUGGUAGAAAACGACACAUUUAUAAAUGAUAUCAUUUGCGAUGAG